GAACUGGCUACAGGUUCUUCAAGCCAACCCAUCCGCGUACCCCUUGUCUCCCCCUCUUCCUUUCCGCGCCCUCGUGCCAUUUUUGUUCCAACUCCCCCUCUGCUUCCCCUGGCUCCAGCCAGGCAAUUUUCCCUUCCCGUCUCUCCAGCUUGUCUCCCUCUCUUCCUCAACCUCUUCUUUCUCAAUCGCAAGCUCUGACCCACAACCUCAUCCGCCUCGCGUUCCAGCGAUUCGUUGCUCCAUCAUCCGUCAGUCCGUCGCGGUCUCGAGCGUCUAACUAUCCCAGCGCACCGCGCAUCGCCGGGAACCAGCCAUGGCUGCUCCGUCAUCCCCGCUCCGCCCAGUCGAUCCCGUCGCACGGGGCGUCUCUUCCCUCGAGUCGUUCCACCCGAGGCGCGCGACUCUCGGAAGAGCGGGCGUGGGGACGGGUUACGCGGCGACGGCGGAAGACGAACCCGCAGCAGCCGCGGAGGAAGCGGAUGCACCCGCGCCGUCGACGGCGCCGCGACACGUCAGCCGAAACUCCCCGAGUUCCGUUGUUCUCGCUAAGCGGGGCGAUGGAGAAGCGGGAGAGGUGGCUGCAGCGCCUGUCAUGCUGACCAAUUCCCAGCGCGCGUCGCUGAUCUCCUCCGCGAAAAACGCCCGCACAGCUGCAGCAAUGUCGUCUGAGCCCCUCUCGACGCCCCCGCAAGCUUCGCUGGAAACUUCUGCUGCCAGGUCGCUGCAGCUUCCGACCAUUCGCGAAGCAUCAGAAGUAACCCUUCUUGGCGAUGAUUCGGCGGGGAAACCAGGGAGUUCACGACAAUCAGUCGUCGCGGGGAACGGAGCCGCGAACGUUGAUGGCGACGCGCUUGACUGCACCGUCUUUAUCAACGGACGAGCCGUUGAGUCGACGGGCGGGGAUGAGGAUGAGGAGACGCGCUUCGUCUUCUGUCUCGAAUCGCGGUCAAGAAACCCAUCGAGAGCAGAGCAGCAGUGGCAACCGCGUGACGUCGAAACCAAUUCUUCCAUGCUCGCACGCGCGCUUGACGCCGAUUCCGCCGCUCCAGCAAGGGAGGGCGGGGAGGCAACAGCCGACGUGGGCGACGGAGAAGGAGAGGACGACGGGGAAAACGCUGCGGGGGAGUGGGGAGCGCGGGGAGUAGAAGCGGAGGCGCAAGACUCGAGAAACGCGAGAGACGCGGGAGACGCGGGAGACGCGGGAGACGCGGGAGACGCGGGAGACGCGGGAGACGCGGGAGACGCGGGAGACGCGGGAGACGCGGGAGACGCGGGAGAUGCGGGAGUCGCGGGAGACGUGGGAGACGCGGGAGACGCGGGAGACGGGGUCGAGGAGGGGGAGUGGAUGGAUGGGACGAGUGCGGAGAGAGAGAGUGACGGAUUGGGGGAUGACGGUGGGGCUGAUGCUGACGCGGACGACGAGCGUGUUGACAUGGACACAGAAGGCGCUGACGAGGACCAACGAGAGGGCGCGGAGGAGGGGGAAGCUGAUGAGGGGGAGGCGGAGGAGGGGGAAGCGGAGGAGGGGGAAGCGGAGGAGGGGGAGGCGGAGGAGGAUUUGGAAGUUGACGAAAGGAUGGAUGAGGAGGAAAUAGAAGGGAACAGAGAGGAGGAGGGAGAGGAGAGAGACGAGGAGGAAGCAGAUGAGGAGGGAGGAGGUGGGGAGACAAGAGAUGGGGAGGAGGGAGAGGAGAGAGAGGAGGGAGAGGAAGACUUGCUCGCAAUCCCAACGGACGACAUCGCGGGGCCUAUCGGGUUGAUGGGUUCGUCCCACCCAGGGGACUCCGUUCGCCCCGUUGACCCCGUUGACUCGAUCGGGCCUGUUGACCGCGUUGACUGCGCUGACCCUAUGGACGCCAUGGGAGCGGGGUGCCUUGACGGCUUGGAGACGCGUUGCCUGGCGGAUUUCGAGGACAUGCUGCCCGAGGGAGAGGCGCUCGACAUGCUGGGCGACGACUGUCUACUGGCGCUAGACUCGGGUCUCUUCCCCGACGAUCUCGGCUCUCUCCUGCCCUAUCCCUCCGCCUACCCCUCGUGCGCCAAGCCCGCGCUCCCUGCCCCGCGCACCACUCUCCCCCGUCCGCCCUCCAUGCCGGGCAAGACGCGCCCUGCGCCUCACAGGGGCGACGCGGGCGGUUGCAGGGGCAGCGGAAAGGGCAGCAGCAGCGGCAGGGACGGGAAAGGCAUGGCUAUUGCAGUGACCCGCAGAGAUCUCAAAUGCGAGUCGGAUGGUUUUUCCGCAAGCCCUAUAUCUACCCUCGCGCCUCUGCACUCCUCCUCCUAUUACUCCACUCCCUCCCCCUCCUCCCCUCGCUCUCCGCCCUCCCGCUCCCCCUCCCCUUCCCCUCUCGACCGCCUCUUGCUUCGCCCCAUCCCUGGCAAACGGCCGAGGUCUCACCGGCCCCUCGUGCGUGGGCGAACCUGGACCGUUGAUCUGCUGAACGACCUGCUCCAUCCGACGGAGGAAACAGAUUCGCUAGAGCACGAAUACGACGAGCAACUACUGCCACACCAGGAGCAGCAGCGGCAGCAGGAGCAGCAGUGGCAGCGGGAGCAGGAGCAGGAGCAGGAGCAGGAUGAGCAGGAGCAUCAGCAGUCGCGGGUUCGAGCUUAUAACGGGUAUUUUCGCACGAACAAGCAGUACACUGCGUCCGUGCAAUCGAAGAAGAACAAGAAGGGCAAGCAGAAGGGCAAGGGGCGGCCGCCGUACACAGGGAGACCGAGGGGGAGGCCGUCGAAGGCUGCUAUCGCCGCUAGACUUGCAGCAGCCGCGGCAGCAGCAGAGGCGGAAGCAGCAGCUGUCGUUGGUGGGGCCAGUAAGGCAAAACCUGCGGCCGCCGGUGCUGCUGGUGCUGACUCGGCUGCUUCUGUUGCUGCUGCUGCUGCGGCUGCUGCUGCUGCCGCUGCUGCUGCUGGAGAAGCGCCCGCCAGGCUGCAUGCUGUGAAGCGCCACAAGGCGUCUGGUUUCUCCAGGUUGUCUGGUAACAGCCUACCACAGAACCUCACCGCCAACCCUGUCAUGCCACGUGUCCGUAAAUCAGCUGCAGAAAAUCUCCCAGGAAAAGCGGCUUCUGGAGUGGGGCUUUCUUCUUUUUGUGAGUCUGGGAGCUCAGACCCUAGCGCAAGCACUGCCUCCUUCGGGGCAGAUUUCAUGUUCGGGCAGGUGGAGUCCGUUUUCCAGCUGCCCGAAAGUGCCGUUGCGGCCAGUGGCGUUCUGAAAGCCGAAGCAGGCAGAGGGUUGGUUGCAGGGACGGCACCGCAAGGCUCGACGUCUCCGUCCCUUCCAAGCCUGUCCGGCGCUUCGUCAUUGGCUGGCGAAAGUGGUGGUUGUGGUAACACUCUGGCAGCUGGGAAAUCGCCAGCAGGGGCGAAGGGCCCUCCCUCCUCUUCUGCGUCCGCUGGUGCUGCCGCUGGUGUUGAUUCUGCUGCUGCUGCUAGUGCUGGUGACGGCAUUCUCCGUCGCUGCCUGCACUGCUCAGUCACCAAAACCCCCCAGUGGAGAGCCGGGCCCUACGGCCCCAAAACCCUCUGCAACGCGUGCGGCGUUCGCUACAAGUCCGGGCGGCUGUGUGCUGAAUACCGGCCGGCAAACUCCCCCGAAUACGUGGCGGAGAAACACUCGAAUUCGCACCGUCGGAUCGUGGAGAUGAGGCGGUCUGUGCUUGCGACGUGGCAGGGUGAGGGGGCGGGGGAGGGGGCGCGGGAAGGGGAGAGUAUGGGGGAGGGGGAGGCCGAGAAUGGGGAGGCGGGAGUGGGGGUUGGAGAGGGGGUUGUGAUGGGGGGAGGGAGUGUGGAGGGGCCGGUUCGGGGUACUGACGGGGGUUUGCUGUCUCCAUUUUUCGAGUAUAGGUGCCCGUAUAAGAAGGGAGGAGGGAGGAGGAGAAAACGGGUGGUUGAAGAGGAAGAGGAGGAAGAGGAGAGGGAGUGGGAGGAGGAGGAAGGGGAGGAGGAAGAGGAGGAGAAGGAAGAGAUGGAGGAGGAGUGGGAGGAAAGGGAGGAGGAGUGGAGGGAGGGGGGGGAGCGGGAGCGGAAGGGACCGAAGCGGCUGCACAGGCUCGGAAAGGCCCAGGGGAGGGAGCAGAGGUUCGGGGGAGGUAGGGGCGGAAGGCACAGGCUGGGGAACGGCGAGGAGCAGGUUGCGGUGCAGGGAGAGGGAGAAAGCGGAAGGGAGGCCGAAAGGCAGGAGCAGGGAGAAUGCGAUGAGAUGAGGCGUGGGAAAGGGGUGGCUGGGGGGAGGAAUGCUUGGGGAAGGGAGCGUCUGGGGAAGGUGGUAUCUGCGUCUGGGAAGGGACGGAGGCUGGCAGGUCCAGGCGAGGAGAGGAUGGCAAUUGCCACAGAGAGAGGAGGGGAGAGGGAGGGGAGUGCAAGGAGGUUGGGCAAACGGUUGGGGCGGGGAGAGGGGUCUCAGGAUGGGGAGGAAUGGAGGGAACGGAGAGAGGAGAAGGUGCCAAGGGAUGGAGGGAUGGGGAGAGGUAAGGAGGGAGAGAGGGAUACGAGGGGAGCUAAGAGGAGACGUGUGAGUGAUGGGAGCGGUGCUUGUACCAGCCAUUCUACUGACGGUCACUGCCUCCCUGGGAUAAAUAAGAGGCUGGUGGAUGUGACCAUGAAAGAGGUGACUGUAAAGGAGGUUGCGCUGUUUGCCAUGGGCAAGGGGGGGAGGCUGAGAGUGAGGAGGGAUGUGAGGAGGGGAGAGGUGGAGGGGCCUGUGGUGGUGCAAGUGGUGGCCUCCCUGCCUUCCUCCAGAGGCAAGAAGGGAGCUAAGAGGAACAAGGGUUCAGGGGUUAAGGGAGCAGGGGGCAAGGGCGCUGGGACUGGGGUGCACGGAGCGAAACAUGGCGCCUCAGGUUCCGGGUUUAAUGCGGGAGGGAGGGGAGGUGGGAAGUGUAAGGGUCAGGGUGACGUAGCUGUUAGUCUUGGAGCCGCUUCAGCUGCUCCGUCUGCCGAUGCUGCUGCUGUAUCUGCUGCUGCUGCUAGUUCUCUUGCUGAUGCUGCUGCUGCUGCCCCCACCAUAGGCGGGGUGAAAGUGAGAUUUUCACUAAGAAAGCCUGGUCACGGUGGGGGGGGCAUGAACAAGCAUGCUCGAAGGCAGGCGGAGCAGCAUGCGGCAGUGAAGCCGCAUGGCAAUGGCAAGGUGGAGCCAAGUCUAGGAGCAGGAGCACGGGCAACUGGUAGCACAGGAGGUACGGGAGCGGUGAAAGUUGAGCAGGAACAGCUGGUACCUGGGCCGGUAGAUUCGAGCGCUGGAGGGGUUGUGAGCGUCCCUGUUCUUUCCCCUGGUGCGUUGUUUUCACCUGAGCCGGCUCCUGACGCGGUGCCAGUGCCUGUGGAGCUGGCGCCUGAAGGCAGGCUUUCUUCUCCAGUCCCCAUGGCCCCUGUUGACGACGACGUAGCAGCGGCUGGUGAGAUCACUGUUCGCACUGCCCCUAUUCCCACUGCCCCUGUCAAGCCCGCUGCUGCCACUGGUGCUGCUGUUGCCGUUCCUGCUGCCGCCACCGCAGCUGCAGCAGCUGCAGGCAGGAGUGCAGAGGUCUUCCUGUACCCAGGAGCAGCUGCAUCCGAGGCAGGCCUCCUUCUGCCUGAGCCUGCUCCCCCGCUCCUCAACCCCAGCCAUGGCGAGGCGGACUGCCUGCUGCUGGUGACUGGUUCGCCUCACCACGAACCGGAAUCCAUUCUGCUCCUGCCCGAACCGAAGCCCACAUGCUUUGGGAUUGCCUUUGAGCCAACUCAGAAGCCCGCAGGCCUGGAGGCGUCUGGAGAGUGCGGGCUCCAGUCCAGCCUGCUUCUGGACUUGAAACCGCUGGUAGAGCAGGGGGAAUGGGGGCCUGGAGGGGUGGCUACAGAAACGUCCUGUGUCGAUGCUCCUGCCGCAGCGGUCUUUCCCAAGGAAGAAGGGGGAAACGGCUCCCUUUGCGUCCUUUCUGACCUGAUGCCUGGUGAAAGCGCAUCUGGUGCAGGUGCAUCUGGUGAACGUGCAUUUGGUGCAGGAGUAGGAGUAACUAGUGUGGGUGCAUCUGGUGUAGGUGUGUCUGUACCCAGGCCACUGCUCGCACCUGCACCGUCCAUGCAGGAGCUGAUUCAGCAGGCGCGGCAGCAGCUGGCAUGCAGCAGGGAGAGCAGUGAAGCCAGGGCAGAGCCGCUGCCAUCACCUGGUGGAGGGUAUGCUGGUGCCUGCGGCCCUGCUCCUGCAUUUUCUCCCGUUGACCUUGCACCUGCUGAUCCUGCUGCUGCUGCUGCUGCUGCUGCUGUUCCUGCUGCUAUGGGAGAAGCCUUGCUGGCACCCGUGGCUGCUGCAUCGCAUGUGCCAGCUGCACAUGUGGUUGAGGUGGUGGAUGGAGGGAAGCUGAUUGGAGGUGCUUCUAAGGGAGACGCUCCUGCCCUCAGUCGCUCCCCUUCGAUGCUGUCUCCCUCUGCUACCGGUGCUGCUGCCGCUGCUGCCGCCGCUCCUUCGGUGCAGUCUAACCGUGGGGGAGGGGGUUGCUCUAAUGGCCUCUCCUCCACUUCCAAUUUUGUCGCAGCGUCAGCUUAGCUGCUGUACAAGUGUAACAGGUAUGUUUUUGGGAUUGCCCCUGCAUGCGCUGUAUCUGAUCGGAUGGCUGUGCGAGCCAUAUUUGGUAAAUCCAAGCAGGAUGAUUGAGCUUGGUGUGAGUUCUAGUGGCUAAACCUGGCCCUUUACUACCUGGCUUGUGUGCUAUACUUGGAUUUGGUUUGUAGGAGAUGUAUGUUUUGUUUGUAAUUGGUCAAGCAAAUUAAAUAUCAGGGGUUUGU